AUGCGUUUCCUCUCUUUUGCUGCGGCCACUGGGCUGCUGUCUGUGGUGGCUGCUCAGGCAGAUCAGUUGGAUGACGGCAUUGACCUGGCCAAGUCCUUCUUGUUGGACAAGAGGCUCUUGCUGGAGACAUGUGCCACUCUGAGCAUCACCACCACCACGACGUUGACUGUCGAGACGACAAUCUAUGUCACUCCCACUACCCAUCAGGGUGGACCGCCUACUCCUGGGACGUCCACUACGGCGACGAAAUCUGAGCCAUAUGUCCCGCCGCCGUAUUCACCCCCUGGGGGUCAAGGCAGUUCUACUGCGACUUCUACCGGAUCUAGCAGCUCCAUUACUCCAUUUGAAUCGUCUUCCUCUACACCUCCAGGAGGCCAGUUGACGUCGUCUACUACUACCCGCAGCAGUAGCACCGUUCCUUCAUCUGCCUCUACCACUUCUUCCACAAAGAGUAACCCCCCUGCUGGUUCUUCUACUCCUCCUGGAGGACAGUCCUCCACCCCGCCUGGAGGACAGUCAUCAACUGGCACCGGCUCUUCUACCCCUCCAGGGGGACAGUCGUCCACAUCUUCGUCGCCUCCAGGUGGUCAGUCCUUGACAUCCUCCAGCACUGUGAGCAGUAGUACCUCGUCUUCCACUGGAAAUGUCCCACCUAGCUCUGCUACCACCUCGUCGACCCAGAGCAACCCCCCUGCUGGGUCUACUACUCCUCCUGGAGGACAGCCAUCCACUGGCAAGGGUUCUUCCAGCAGCACCUCUUCCACUACCGGAAGCAUGUCUACCCAGUCCACUAGUGCUAGCACAACAAACACGGUGUCAACCACUUCCUCUGGACCACCUGGUGGCCAGUCAUCGACGUCGUCCACCACCGGAGUCUCCUCUACAACUGCGCCUCCUGAUGACUGCGAACCGACAGAUAGCUCAA